AGGAUACUCCAAUUUUCUUCCUCCCCACUACACACCACCCAGAUAAUGACCAAGGAGACCACCCCUCCUCCCACCACUACCACUACCAACGAACCUACAACAACAACAACUCACGAACCCCCCUCCCUCCCCGCCUCUCCCCUUGCCAAACGCACCAAACCCAACACCGAUACCACAGACACAACUACAUCAUCCACAAUGGGCUCAACCAGCACCCCUCUCCCCCCUCUCCAAGUGAAGAAGCUCACUCCCACGGGCCGCGCCCCGACCCGCGGCUCUGCCUUCGCGGCCGGAUACGACAUGUACAGCGCCAAGGAGACCGUCAUCCCUGCUAAGGGGAAGGCGUUGGUUGAUACGGGCAUUGCUAUUGCUGUGCCGGAGGGGACGUACGGCAGAAUCGCCCCCCGCUCCGGCCUCGCCUCGAAGCACUUCAUUGAUACUGGCGCGGGCGUCAUCGAUGCAGACUACCGGGGAGAGGUCAAGGUUCUUUUGUUUAACCACUCGGAUGUGGAUUUCGAGGUGAAGGAGGGAGAUCGUGUUGCGCAGUUGGUUUUGGAGAGGAUCUAUACCCCUGAGGUUGUGGUUGUGGAGGAAUUGGCCGAGAGUGUUCGUGGGGCUGGUGGGUUUGGAAGUACUGGUGUUUAAAUUAGGGGUUCUUUGAAUAGGGUUAUGUUAGAGAUAUGGCGUGUAUGGCUGAAUGAUAUCCGUAUAAUUGGGAUACAAUUACAAUAAAAUUACAUGAAUGUGAAGAUA